CAUGACGCUAGCGCUACAUUCCGUAACACCACCGAAGAAGAGGAAUCUGCAGCAGCAGUAGAAGAAGAAAAAUAAGUUCAUCUGUUAGCUCCAAACUUUCAUCAAACCGACCGAAACUGAGAGAAGAGAGAAGAGAGAAGAGAGAAGAGAGAGGAGGGAAGAGGGAAGAGAGAGGAGGGAGGAGGGAGAAGCGGAGCCGGGAGAGAGGAGGGAGAGAGAAGCGGAGCCGGGAGAGAGGAUCAUGUUUCUGCUGAGGGGCCACAUCGCUCUGAAACCUCGUAUCUCCAGACUCUUUUCCUCUUUACCCACUCUGACUCUGUUCACUAAGGUAAUGAAACCUCGUAUCUCCAGACUCUUUUCCUCUUUACCCACUCUGACUCUGUUCACUAAGGAUCCGUGUCCUCUGUGUGACGAAGCUAAAGAGCAGCUGGAGCCUCUCAGACACAGAUUUGUCCUGCAGCAGGUGGAUAUCUCCCUCCCUCAGAACGCUGUCUGGAGGCAGCGCUACGCUCUGGAUAUUCCCGUCUUCCACCUGAACGGACGCUUCGUGAUGAAGCACCGCGUGGACCUGCAGCUGCUGGACUCCCUGCUGAGAGACGAGCAGGGGACGGGAGGACAGGAGGACACCUGAAGACGUUUUAAUAAAUACUUUAAAUCAUCAAUAAAGAAUAAAACAAGCUGUCA